AUGGAGGAGUACCUGCUGAAGGUGGGCGACCUGGAGCCGCUGGGCAGCACCAAGCGACGCUCGCCGUUCGAGAACGAGCCGCCGAUCCGCGUGUACUGGCGCGCCGAGGUAGAACAGCAGGCCAUCCGCAAGUGGGGCAGUCUGGACCGGCUGAGCGAGGAGAAGCAACGCCGCGAACUCGCCUGGCGCACGCACCAGCAGACGCUCUUCUCGGUCAAGAAGGUGCUCAAGGACUACCGGCGCGGCCAGCGCAACAAGCCCUACUACACGGUGAUCGAGGAGGAGAACCUGAAGGGCUCGUCGAACGUCGUGCUCACCGCCGUCGGCAUCAACGCCAUCAACGCGCUGGGCAAGGGCGCGGCGUUCGCGGUGACUGGCUCGAGCAGCCUGUUCUCGGAGACGCUGCACUCGAUCGCCGACACUGCCAACCAGGUCAUCCUGGCCGUGGGCAUCCACAAGUCGGCGCAGCGCGCCAACCUCGACCAUCCGUACGGCUACAGCAACGUGCGCCACGUGGCCUCGCUCAUCUCGGGCGUCGGCAUCUUCUGCCUGGGCAGCGGCGUGGCCUUCUUCCACGGCUUUCACGCGCUGUACGACCCGGCGCCGAUGGGCGACUUCCUGGUCGGGUACUGCGUGCUGGCGGCGGCGCUCGUGUCCGAAAGCGUGACGCUGACGCUGGCGACGCGCAACAUUUUGCGCAACUCGCGCCGCCAGGGUUGCUCGUUCUGGCACAUGGCGCUGAGUGCUGUCACCGGCAACAUGAUGUUCGACGCGUGCGGAUCGAUGCUGAUUGGCGGCCUGCUCGGCACCGUCGCCACGUUCAUUAUCGUGACAAAUUCGCACGCGCUGGUGGGCCAGUCGAUCCGCCAGGAGGAGCUAGAGCGCAUCAACCUGCGCCUCGAGGAGGACAUCAUGAUCAGGGGCAUCCACGACGUCAAGGGCAUCGACAUGGGCAACGGGCUGGUGCGCUACAAGGCCGAGGUGGACUUUGACGGCCGGGAGCUGACAAAGAAGUACCUGGAGCGACAGGACUCGGACGUGUUGACAGCGGAGGCCAAGCAGCUGACGGGCGACGAGGCGGUGGAGAAGUUCCUGCUGCGCCACGGCGAGGCCAUUGUCGACAUGAUGGGCGCCGAGAUAGACAGGAUUGAGUCCGACCUGAGGAAGGCAUUCCCGCAAAUCAGGCACAUUGACCUGGAAAUACUGUAG